GGCGCCGCACGCUCGCACGCCCACACCACGCCGUCUUCCUUCUUUCCGCCGCCGCCGCCCACCACCACCGCCAAGGAAAGGCUUGCUGCGCGAAGGGGGACAUGGCGCUCUACCGCCGUCUCCUGCUCCUCCGGCGCCUGUCCAACCUCCACCCCUCGCCCUUCCCCACCCCAGCGAUCGGCUCAUCAUCACCACCUACCCUAGCGGGGCUCCUCACCCCCAUGGGCCGCCGUCACUUCGCCUUCUCCUCCGCCGAGGAGGCCGCCGCCGAGCGCCGCCGCCGCAAGCGCCGCCUCCGCAUCGAGCCGCCGCUGAACGCCAUCCGCCGCGGGCCGCCUCCCCCGCGGGACCCCAACGCGCCUCGCCAACCCGACACCACCUCCGCCCUCGUCGGCCCGCGCCUCAGCCUCCACAACCGCGUCCAGUCCCUCAUCCGCUCGGGGGAUCUCGACGGCGCCUCCGUCGCCGCCCGCGCCGCCGUCUCCUCCCGCGUCCGGCCCACCGUUUUCACCUGCAACGCCGUCGCCGCGGCCAUGGUCCGCGCCGGGCGCCACGACGACGCCGUCGCUCUCUUCGAGUUCUUCUUCCGCCGCUCCAACAUCGUCCCCAACAUCGUCUCCUACAACACCCUCAUCCUCGCCCACUGCGAGGCCGUCCGCGUCGACGACGCGAUGCAGGUGUACCGCGACAUGCUCUCGUCGGCGCCCUUCUCCCCCUCCUCCGUUACCUUCCGGCACCUCACCAAGGGCCUCGUCGCUGCCGGACGAAUCCGUGACGCCCUCGACCUCCUCCGCGAGAUGCUCAACCGCGGGGCUGGCGCUGACUCACUCGUCUACAACAACCUCAUCGCCGGCUACAUCGACCUGGACGACUGGGACAAGGCCUUCGAGCUCUUCAACGAGCUCACGGAGAGGUGCGCUGUCUAUGACGGCGUCGUCCACACCACCUUCAUGGAGGGCUACUGGAAGCAGGGUAAGGACAAGGAGGCCAUGGACAACUACCAGUCCCUGCUCCAGCGGGGCUUCAAGAUGACACCGGCUACCUGCAACGUCCUGCUCGAGACGCUCUUCAAGCACGGCAAGCACAAGGAGGCCAACGAACUGUGGGAGACCAUGAUGGACAACCACACACCACCAACCUUCAUUGGCAUCAACGCUGAGUCCUACAAUGUCAUGGUCAACCAGUGCUUCAAGGAGGGCAAGUUUGAGGAGGCAAUUGAGGUAUUUCACCGCCAGCCCAGGAAGAAUGUUCAGAUGGAUGUUGGUUGCUUCAACAACAUCAUUGGCAAGCUAUGUGAGAACGGGAUGCUUGCUGAGGCAGAGAAGCUCUUUGAAGAGAUGGAGACCAAAUCGGUCCUUCCAGAUGUAUACACCUACACUUACCUUGUCGACUCGUGCUUCAAGGAAGCCCGUGUGGAAGAUACAAUGCAGUAUUUCCACAAAAUGGCAGAUGGGAGGGAGCAUGGGCCAAAGUUUAAUAUCGGUUUCUUCAACCUCAUGUUUAAAGGACUUACGGAAGCUGGCCGGAUUGAUGAUGCCUUGAAGGUGUAUGGGAGGAUGCCUGACAAGGAGAUCAAGCCAAACACAACAACCUUUGAAAUCCUUGUCAAAGCCUUAUGCAAGGCAGGGGACUUGGAUCGAGCACGGGACCUAGUGAUGGACAUGGCAAGGGGUGCUGUUGAGCCUCCUCAAGAGUUCCGUGAGUCUGUUAUUGACAUUUUCAAGAAGUCCAAUCGCCAGGAAGAAAUCGAGAAAGCUUUUGAAGAAAAGCCUUUGCCAACACCUCAGCCAAGGACAGAGAAUCAGCCGAGGACAGAGUAUCGCCCUCACAAUGCAGUUGGUGUUUCUCAAGGGAGACAGCCUGGCUUUAGCUCAGCUUCACCGGUGCAGCUUGGAUUUGGUUACUCUCAGCCGCAACAGCCAGCAUUUAAAGACACUAAAAAUCAGCAGCCUGGUUUUGACUCAUCUCGGCAAUGGCAUUCAGGUUUUGGUGCUCCUCAAGCGCAGCACCCAGGAUAUGGCGCACCCCAGCCUGUACAGGCUGUAGUUGGUCCCCCUCAACCACCACAGGCACAGUUUGGUGCUUCUCAGGGUGUACCAGGGUAUAGCAACCAUCCAUCACAAGUGGGGUAUGGUUCGCAGCUGCCUCAGUCAGGAUACGGUUUUGCACCUCACCAAGAACAAGUAGGAUUUGGAAAUCAAGUAGCACAUUCACCACCUGCAUAUGUGGCUUCCCAAAGCCAGUCUUCACAUGGUACCCAUUGGAGCCAGAGUGGUUAUGGAUCACCCCAAGGGCGACUGGGGUAUGGCAGUGCUCAAGGGCUGCAACAUGCUUCUCAUUUACCACAUCACCAAGCAGAUUUUGGUAUGCCACAGGUCCAAAAUAACAAUGGGUUUCCUCAUGUGCAGCAACAAUCAAAUUCUGUAGCUCGUCAUGGGCAGACUGCUGUAGGCACAGCUGAAGGUGAAUCACCCCAAGGGAAACUGGGGUAUGGCGGUGCUCAAGGGCUGCAACAUGCUUCUCAUUUACCACAUCACCAGGCAGGUUUUGGUAUGCCACAGGUCCAAAAUGACAAUGGGUUUCCUCAUGUGCAGCAACAAUCAAAUUUUGUAGCUCGUCAUGGGCAGACUGCUGUAGGCACAGCUGAAGGUGAAUCCAAGUUUGGUGGUUCGUAUGGGCAGCCGAGGAAUGACAAUUCUAAAGGCCCACCACGUUUUGGAGCUCAAACGGACCAUCAUUACAGCACUGGAUACAGGGCAUCCUAUGGUACGCAAGGAUUUAAUGGUGCCCGUGGUGAAUAUGAAACUGCAUCCAAAGACCAAUUAGAUCCUACCUCUUCUGAAGAUCGGCAACAAGUAGCAUUCUGAAUCGGCUCCAACUUGAAAAGUUUUCAGUCAUAAAAUGAAUUAAUUAGUGCUGUUCCGCACUGAAACUUUUCAAGUUGGACACUAUCUAGAUAUUUAGAUCAUAAUGAAUACACUUCUCCAUUAUUAUUUUGGUUGCAACCGCUGUUCCAUUUAUCAGAGAUCAUCCAGUGUUUUUUUCCCACAUAUGUAUGCAUGCGGAAUUGUGUUAUCGGUUAUCAUACAAACAUGUGGUUCAAAUGAGGAACUGUGUUACACACGCAUGACUGGUUCUAUAUGAUUGUUCUCGAUGAACCUCAAGUCAAUAUGAAAGGUACUCAUAAUCCAUGUGGUUUUUUUUAUACCAUUUCAUAGUAUACUUUAUUCUUAAUUUUCUUUUGAUAAAGUUGGAAAAAGCUAUUUACUGCUAUAUUGUUGAGAGUUGAUACUUGAUACUAAAUGUGUUCUAGCUUAUACGCAGGGCAACUUUAUUUCCAUAAAUCAAUCCUUCUUCUGGCAGGGCAGAGUCAGAAUCGCACAUAGUUUUAUACUACACUAUUAAGUAGCACAGAAGCUCCUCCAUUUUGUUAAUGUAUUUUGUAAUUACAUCAUGUACUUUGAAAUAUUUUCUGUUCAUUCCAACCAAAACUGUCUGUCUUGUUGCCAUGGCAAUCUUUGAAUAGGGAUAUCAUAGCGCCUCUACUGAGCUUUCUGGUAGCAUGUCAUCUGCUACUACACCAGGUGGAUUCAUGAAUGUUUGUGGCUCUCUCUCUCUCCACAUUCAGCCACAAUGCUUUGUGGCAUCUGGUAAGGUAAUCAUCUCCUUGCCGGUCAUAUAUGAAAUCAAGGCAUCCUUGUUUGUGUUCCAUGUAAAUAGUUUAAUAUAAAUGGUGAAAUUUGACCUUCCCCUGUUCCGUAGUAAGGUUCCUGCAACUGUCCAGUUAUCGAAAUACUCUUUGUAAGGACAUAUUCCAUAAUUUGGCACUAACGUCCUGUGUUAUAUUCCCUUGAAAAGUGUUCAUGUUUGACUGGAUCAUUAAUGUUCUUCCUCUCCGAGUACCUGACCCAGAAAUGGUUACUGUGUAAUCUGCAGGUGUCCAGUGAGGCAAACAAAAAACGGUUCGAAAGCAGAUUCCCAAUAACAUGGUUUUUUCAAUGAAGUCAGAAAAGUAUUUCAAGGGAUCCAUCAUACAUAAAUAUAGAUGCUUCUGCACAUGAUGGCACAUCAGCUACAUCUUUCUGUCAAGAAGCCACAAUAUGUUUGUCAUGGAUCUGUACAUUGUAUUAAGAGCUGUGGUGAAAGUGUAUGGACGCGGUGAGACCUACUAUUGUGUACAUGAUCAAGAGAUCAUGGAAUAAUGUCUGCGUGUACAAAUAGUAUUCUGGUUUUGAAAUGACGUGAUCAAUGGUAGAUUAAGAUCAAGGUGGGGAAGCCAGCUCAUUUGUAACAAUGUGCUGUACAAACUAUUUGGCUUUAGAUUCACGUUGGAUCCACCUUAAUGAGAAGACAGUCUAGGCUCGCACCAACACGGUCAAUUUAUGUACUUGUCACAGAACAGCAUUAAGAGGCCAAUUUCUGAUUUGGUGUUCUAAUGUUUUGUUCCUUGAAAACAAUUCAACAUUUUUAUUGUUACAAGAGGAUUUAACCCUUUC